AUGAAUAGUUUAUAUAAAUAUAGGAUUUUAAAUAAAUCAAUAGCUUCUUAUGGAAUCAAAAAUUUCUUUGCAAAAAAUCCAAGAUAAUGCUUUAGUUAUUCUAAAUAUACUUAAUUCCCUAAUGAUGAAAUCCUCCAAGCAUAAGUGAAAAUUCCAAAUCCAGUUUUUGAUCAAAACACCUACUAGCAACUUCUAAGAAUAAAUCCAUAGAAAGCAUUUUAGUAUUAGCAAGAUUUUAACCUUUAGGCUCUUUAAAAAAAAUUUUAUGAUAACAUAUUAAUGGCUGAAAAUCACUAUCAUUACUUCAAGGAACUAAACAGAUAAGGGAGAUACCAUAAAGUAGUUGAGCUGUAUGAAAAUUAUACAAAGCCAUUAUAACACAGCUGGAAUAUAGAUUCAGAGAUAUGUUAAAAGAUUAUUCAAUAAUAUGGAUAUGCAUAAGUUUAAGUAGGGUUUAAUUCACCAAGCAAGAUUCUCUAUGCAAAUUAGAAAAAAUCAGGAUUCUUUUAGCUAUUAAGAUAAGGUGGAAAUACAUUUAUUGUUUGUGUUGUUGGUUUUACUGUAUUUAUGGCUAUCAGCAGGUUGUUUUAAUUUUCGGUUAGCGAGUUAGAGGAUGAUAGCGAUGUAGGAAAUAAGGAUAAAAAAGAUUAAAAUGAUAUUGCAAAAACAGUUAAAAAGCUCUUUUUAGCUUUAUUAGGAGAUGACACAGAAGUAACGAAGGAGUCAAACUUAAAGAAAAAAGGAGUUGAUCCUACUCCACCUCCAAAAGAACCAACUGUAGAACCAAAGUAAAAUAAUGUUGCAGCUGUUGACGACUCUAAGAAAGCACAAUAAGCUAAAAAAAAUAGUGGAUUUAUGUCUAGAAUAUUUGAUAGAAGCUCAGAUAUUUAAGAAGAAAAGAAUAUUCCAACCAGAUUCACAGACGUAAUUGGUAUUGAUGAAUUUAAAGAAGAACUUACUGAAUUAGUGGAUUACCUCAAAAACCCUAAAAAAUAUUAAGAUGCUGGAGCCAAAUUGCCUAAAGGUAUUUUAUUGGUAGGCCCUCCUGGUACUGGUAAAACUCUUUUGGCCAGAGCAUUAGCAGGUGAAGCCGGUUGCUCUUUUUACUAUAAAUCAGGUUCAGAAUUCGAUGAAAUGUUCGUUGGAGUGGGAGCAUCAAGAGUUAGGGAAUUAUUUAAAAAAGCUAGGUAGACAGCUCCUUCAAUUAUUUUUAUUGAUGAAAUUGAUUCUGUUUGUGGAAAGAGAAGUGCUCUUGAUUAAUCCCAUAGCAGAGAUACUGUUAAUCAGAUUCUUGCUGAAAUGGAUGGUUUUAGAGAGAGAGAUAAUGUUAUAGUUAUUGGUGCUACCAAUUUUGAAAAAUCCAUAGAUCCUGCUAUAAAAAGACCAGGCAGAUUUGAUAAAACUAUAAACGUGCCUUAUCCUGAUAUAAGAGGCAGAGAAUAACUCUUCGAUUAUUAUCUAAAAAGAAUUAAAACUGAUUAAACUGUCAUGAGUAAAGAAUUAGCUAAGUAAACAUCUGGAUUUACUGGUGCAGAUAUUGCAAAUAUGGUUAAUAUUUCAAUACUAAAUGCUAUAAAACAUAAUAGGUAAGUUUCAAAUAAGCUUGAUUUUGAUUUUGCACUUGAUAGAAUAUCAAUGGGUAUAGGAAGAAAAAACAUGUUUGUAACAGAUGCAGAUAAAUUGAAAACCGCCUAUCACGAAGGAGGACACACCAUCACUGCCCUAUUAACAAAAGAAACAACUCCUUUACAUAAAGUAACCAUUCUACCAAGGGGAGGUGCUUUGGGAUUUACAUCCUUUGUUCCUGAAACAGACCAGUUGAACUAUACUAAAAAAGGUAUGUUGGCUAGUAUUGAUGUUGCUAUGGGAGGAAGAGUAGCAGAAGAAAUAUAUUAUGGAAAUUAAGAAAUUACAACAGGAUGUAGCAGUGAUUUGUAAAAAGCUACUGAAAUGGCAUAUGCAUAUGUUAGAGAGUUGGGAAUGGAUGAAAAUUUAACAUUGAUUUCUUAAACAAAUGGAAUUAAAACAAGUGAUAAAUACAAUUAUAUUUUGGAUAAAGAAGUAUAAAAAAUUUUGAAAGACUCUUAUGAAAGGGUUAAAAAAUUAUUGAAACAAAAUGAAAGAUAAUUACAAGACUUAGCUAAAGAGCUUAUUGAGCAUGAAACUUUAGAUGCACAAUAAGUCAAAGAAAUAGUUUUUAAAGGAAAAAAAAUUGAGAAAAAAUGA